CCUUGUACACUACCAGUCAAAAGUUUUGAAACACAUUUUUUUCACAUUUUAGAAUAAUAGUAAAGUCAUCAAAACUAUGGAAUAACAUAAAUGGAACAAUGGGAAUUAUGUUGUGACUAAACAAAAUCCAAAAUAAAUCAAAACUGUGUUAUAUUUUAGCAUCGUCAAAGUAGUCACCCUUUGCCUAGAAUUUGCAGACAUGUACUCUUGACAUUUUCUCAACCAACUUCUUGAGGUAUCACCCUGGGAUGCUUUUUAAACAGUAUUGAAGGAGUUCCCAUCUAUGUUGGGCACUUUUGGCUGCUUUUCUUUAUUAUUUGGUCCAAGUCAUCAAUUUCAAAAACUUUUUUUUAUUAUUAAAUUUUAGUUUUAUAAUUAAAUAAAUUAAUAUGGUGGCACAAUUAUAUUUUUGUCUACAAAACUAAUUUCAAACAUUUAAGCAUACGCCUUCUAUGACCGUACAAACCCUGUAAACCACUUUAAAUGAUUUAGUUUUUAAAUCAGUGAGCUACUGGCAUGCAUUAUGAAGAAAGGGAUAGCUAUUAUCCACACAGCCAAUCAGGCCAGAAUCUAUAGUACCUACCCUUACACUAGCCUUUAGACUGACUUGUUGUUUCUGACAUGCCGUUGUGUAUCAGGAUGUGGCAUUGUGUUUUAUGAUUUGUUGUUUUGUUUUUCAAAUAGCAUCUGUGGUUUUUUUCAUGGGUGCAAUACUCAUCCCUGCCUCCAGAGGGUGAUAACCAGUGAGUAUUUCACACAGUUGUGUAGAAAUGUGAAAUAGAAGCAGAUGCACAAGCAAGUAUUGUUGUUGUAUGUUCAUGCUGAUUUUGUCAAUCCAUCUAAAGUCUUGAUUGAGGAAAGUUAUUUUGUUCAACACUUAUGGUCCCUACGUAGUGUUCACUGCUCCCUACUCACUGAGCAUGUGAUAUCUGUUGAAGUUCUCUUCACUUGACAAGAUUCGUUCAUUUGGAAUACCCUGCAACGUCAUCAAACACAGACAACACUUGAGUCACGCUAAUCACGGGGUUCAAGUAAGAUGACACAACAGACUGAUCUGCUCCUCCACAUCACACAGUGGUAAUGAUUCACCCCUACAGUGAAACCACCUCCUCAGUAAUUCAACAAUAAAUGCUGUUUAUUUCCAUCAUCCAACAAGUGAAGAAAUAUAUAUAUAUUUUUGUGCAAAAUUGCAAAAAUGAAGUUUGUAAAAGAGGAGCUUAAAGAGGAGAGUGAAGACAUCAGUAUUACAGAACCAUGCAGAAUAAAAAAUGAAGAUACUGAGGAACAAAGAGACUUGAUUGAAGUGAAAGAGGAAAAUGAAGAACUGAAUGUCGUGGAGGACAAAAAUCUGUAUCAAACUUUUGAUAAUUUCAUGACUAGAGAAGAAUAUUUUAGUGGUUCAAAGACUGAAAUGCAUUUCUCACAGAAAAGCAUUCGAAGAACAAAAGCCAAAAAAUCUUUCACCUGCUCUCAAUGUGGAAAGAGUUUCACACAAAAAAGAAACCUUAACAUUCACUUAAAACUUCACACUGGAGAGAAGCCCUUCACCUGCAUUCAGUGUGGAAAGAGUUUUGCGCAUAAAAGAAAUCUUCACCGUCACAUAAGAAUUCACACCGGAGAGGAGCCUUUCACAUGCCUUCAAUGUGGAAAGAGUAUUGCAAAUAUAAGAAAUCUUCAGCAUCACAUAAGUAUUCACACUGGAGAGAAGCCGUUCACAUGCCAUCAGUGUGGAAAGAGUUUUGUGCAAAAUGGAGAUCUUCAGCAUCACAUGAGAAUUCACACUGGAGAAAAGCCUUUUAUAUGCCUUCAAUGUGGAAAGAGUUUCUUGUAUAAGAAAAACCUUAAGGCUCAUAUGAAAAUCCACACUGGAGAGAAACCUUUCACCUGCCAUCAGUGUGGAAAGAGUUUUAUAAAUAAAGGAGAUAUUAAGCGUCAUAUGAGAAUUCACACUGGAGAGAAGCCUUUCACCUGCUCUCAGUGUGGAAAGAGUUUCACACAAAAAGGAAACCUUGUGAGUCACCUACGACUUCACUCCGGAGAGAAGCCUUUCACAUGCCUUCGGUGUGGAAAUAGUUUCUUAUGUAAAAGAAGCCUAAAGAUUCACAUGAAAAUCCAUGAUGGAGAGAAACCUUUCACAUGCCAUCAGUGUGGAAAGAGUUUUACACAUAAAGGACGUUUUCAGCGUCACAUGAGAAUUCACACUGGAGAGAAACCCUUCACAUGCCUUCAGUGUGGAAAGAGUUUCGCAUGUAACAGAGACCUUCAGCGCCACAUGAGAAUUCACACUGGAGAGAAGCCUUUCACCUGCUCUCAGUGUGGAAAGAGUUUCACACAAGCAAGCUAUCUCACAUUUCAUCUGCGCUAUCAUUCUGGAUUAAAGCCAUUUAACUGUGAUCAGUGUGGCAAGAGAUAUACAGGUGCAUCACAUCUAAAGGUACACCUCGCAACUCAUGCAAAUGAGAAGCCUUACGUGUGUUCUUUUUGUGGAAAGAGUUUCAUAACAUCAGGAAACCUGAAAACACAUGAAAGAGUGCAUACAGGAGAGAAGCCAUUCAAAUGCACUUCAUGUGGGAAGAGUUUCACUCAAUCAGGUCAUCUACUGACUCAUAUAAAAAAGCAUUGUCCAAAAUUGUCAAAGUGAGCAAAGUUAAUUUCAGGAGCAACACUUUCUGUGUCAAAAUUAACGCAUUAAUGCAUGUGAUUAAUUUAAAUAGUUGGUAACACUUUACAGUAAGGUUCCAUUUGUUAACAUUAGUUAACAACAUUAGUUAACAUGAACUAACAAUAAACAAUAGUUUAUUAAUCUAAUGUUAAUUUCAACCUAUAUUAAAAUCAAAAGUUGUUUUCGUUAACAUUGGUUAAUGUACUAUAAACCAUCAUGAACUAACAAUGAACAGUUGCAUUUUUAUUAAUUAAAAUGAACAAAGACAAAUAAAUGCUGUAAAAAUAUCCUGUUCGUUGUUAGCUCACGAUACAUAAUGCAUUAACUAAUUUUAACGAAUGGAACCUUAUUGUAAAGUGUUAUUGAAAUGUUUAACAUUUUAUUUUUACUUAAUCUUGAUUAACCUAUUUACCAAUUUUCACAUCAGAUUUUUAUAUUUUAUCCAGCUCCGUGUGAGUUCUAAACACUGGUUGGAGUAGGGCACAGCCUUUGUGUCCGGCCGAGACAUUACACCACAGGUGUCAAACUCUAGGCCUGUGGUUCGAAUCUGGCCCACCACCUCAUUUCAUAUGGCCCGUAAGUUAAUUUCAGAAAUGUAGAAUGGCAGGUGAACAGAAUGUGUCACAGACAAAUCAGUUGGCACUUUCCUUGUGAAUAUUAAUGAGCAUUCCCCUGUCAUUCUAACCGUAUUUUUUGAAGCACAUUUUGCUCGCUCAAAAAGCGUAAUGAAACCGCGUUAUCAGCAGCACCAAUUAUCAGUACGGCUCAAUGGAUUGUGCAGUGGGAGAGCAGAGCAGGUGCGUUUACUUGUUGACUGGUCAAAACCGCACAGAACAUUAUCAGCGCUAGCCAUUACCUCGAUCAAUUAUUAGAGCAACAGAAUGGAAAGAGGUGCGUGAGCGCAAGGCAGAUGCAUUUAUUCGUGGACUGGUCUUGACUGCGCAGCAGCGCAGACCAUUAUAAACAGAUCAUGAAUCCAGUUUGAAUGGGCCACAUUUACAUUUAUUAAUUUAGCAGACACUUUGAUCCAAAGUGACUUACAAAUUAGGAGAACAACAGAAGCAAAUCAUCCUAGGGAGGCAGUAGUAACUCAAGUGCUGUAAUACAAGUUUAGAAAUUGUUUAGAGAAGUAACCCUAGCUAGAGAAAUUUAAUUGAAUUUAUUUUUUUUAAUAAGAAGACACUAAAGGGAUUGGGUCAUGUUCUCAUGAAAGAGCUGUAUCUUUAGAUGCUUUUUAAAUGAUGUUAUAGAACCAGCUGCUUGGGUGGAGUUUGGCAGGUCAUUCCACCAGCGAGGAACAGUUGAAUUGAAAGUCCAGGACAGUGAUUUUUUUGCUUCUUUGAGAUGGCACUUGGAGGCUCCGUUCACCCGCAGUACGCAAACUUCUGGAGGGUAAGUAGACCUGAAGUAGUAAGUGUAGAUAGUGGAGUGCAGAGCUGGUGGUUGUUCUGUAGCAAGCAUCAAUGCCUUGAACUUAACAUGAGCAACCUUUGGCAGCCAGUGCAGUUUGAUGAACAGGGGUGUGACGUGCGCUCUCUUAGUCUUGUUGAAGACCAAUCUCACCGAUGCAUUCUGGAUCAGUUUGGCACAAAAUUCUCUGUUGCAAUAGUCCAAAUGAUCUAGUUUAAAAUGAUAUUAACUGUCCGGCUACCACUAUGGGAUGGAAAUCCCGCCCCGCCCACCACUCCAAGCCGUGUCGACUGACGUCCUCACUGGCUGGAAAAGCUUACACAGCAGCGGGACAAGCUGGUUUCCACGGGAAGGUGGUGCUCCAGGUGAUUCAGGUUAAGCUCCUCAGGCAUAUGGACGAGCAAGACCCCGAUCCAGACCUAUUGAAGGAUCUCCGCACCGCUAUUGACUUGACACUGCGAGCCAUGAAAGCGACCACCCAAGCCAUUUGGAAAUCAAUGAGCAGUCUGGUGGUCCUGGACCGGCAUAUCUGGCUAAUGCUUACAGAGAUGUUUGAUUCAGGAAAAGCAGCCCUCCUUGACACCCCGGUGUCACCUGAUGGCCUCUUUGGAAACACUGUAACAGACUUUGCUGAGCGCUUCACUACGGCUCAAAAACAGUUGCAAGCGGUGAAGCACUUUCUACCAAAGAGAAGUGGCUCUUCCUCUCAACCGGCCCACUCCCGCUCUAAUUCCGGUAGCGCCUGGCUAAGAAUCCUACCCCCACUGCUCCAGCACCAGUAAAAACACGGGUUGCACAUACAUUCUCAAUAAAAGGGUUAUAUCCGCUUCACGUCUUACACACCCCUCACAUUAUGGCCAACCACUUCUCUAUGGUGAGCAGCGCUCUGUCUCCUUUCACAUCAAUCAAUAAGCCCGCUGUCGUGCUAUGCGGACCCGUGACGAGCCCUCACGGGCGUGUCUGAUUGGAUGUUAAAAAUGAUCAAACACGGCUUUAUGAUUCAGUUCGCACGCCGUCCGCCUCGCUUCAGCUGCGUUUUGCCAUCCACAGUUCCGUUACAGAACUUCACAAUCUCCUUGCAAAAAACGUGAUCGAGAUCAUUCCAAACUGUGAUGCCCACAGCGGGUUUUACAGUUGUUAAUUUCUCAUCCCAAAGAAAGACGGAGGGAAAAAUCGGUCCGAGACGCUUUAAUAGUGCACUUGCAAAGCACCCAUUCAAAAUGAUUACUCGGAAACAGAUCUUAUCGCACAUCCGUCCACAGAACUGGUUCACGUCAAUAGAUCUGAAGGACGUAUACAUUCAUGUAACAACUGCUCCGCAUCACAGGCGGUUCUUGAGAUUCGCGUUCGAGGGAACUGCGUAUCAAUUCAAAGUCCUUCCUUUUGCUCUGGCUCUCGCUCCUCGCAUGUUCUCGAGAUGUAUCGAUGCAGCGCUCGCCCCAUUGAAAAUGAACGCAUUUUUACUCACCUUGAAGAUUUGCUAUCACUGGCUUAAUCAGAGGCUUUACUGAGCGAAAACAUGGACCUGCUGUUUUGCCAUCUGAAAAACCUAGGUCUAAAUGUGAACUGUGCAGAAAGCACACUUUCCCCCAGACAACAAAUCUUCUUUUUGGGAUUCAGGCUUGAUUCCAUGAGCAUGCAAGUGCACCUCACGAACAAGCGUGUUCAGACCAUUCUUCAUGUGCCUGUGUCAGUUCAAACUGGGGAAAACUGUUCCUCUGAAGUCAUUAAAAAAAUACUAGGGUUUAUUGCAGCAGCAUCCACCAUCAUACCGUUAGGUCUGUAACACAUGAGACCUCCUCAGUACUGGCUCAAGUGACAUGUACCACAACACAACAGGCUCAAGUGACAUGUACCACAACACAACAGGCGCCACGGGCGCAUGCGCAUUGCAUAACUAAUAGCUGUAUAUCUUCUCUAGCACCAUGGACAGCUCCAGCCUUUUACUAAUAUGGUGUUAUGAUGGGUCAUAUUUUCAGGUGAAAACUAGUGACCACAGAUGCGUCCAACACUGAUUGGGGUGCUGUGUGCGACAGUCGCCCAGCCUUUGGCACCUGGACAGAUGCGAAGCGGGCAUGGCACAUCAACCACCUAGAACUGCUGGCUGUCUUUUUAGCUUUGAAAGCUUUUCAUUCCGAUGUAGUGAAUCACCACGUGCUGAUUCUUUCGGACAACAUGACAAUGGCAUACAUAAAUCACCAGGGCGGAACUCGGUCACUUCCUGUGCAUCUCCUCCAAUCUCCUCCAAUGGAGUGGGCGCCAUCUCCUGUCCCUACACUCAUCAUAUGACCCAAGUCACCUGAAUUGCAGAGCAAAUCUGCUGAAUUGCCAGGGAAGUGGAGACUUCAUCCUCAGACGGUUCUGAGCAUUUGGGAAAUAUUCUGCAAGGCGGAAGUCAAUCUUUUUGCCUCCUUGGAGAAUGCCCACUGUCCCCUUUGGUACUCCAUAUCCCAAGCCUCACUGGGGGUGGACGCCCUAGCCCACUAAUGGCCUGAGAAGCACAAAUACGCAUCGGUGGACAGCUCAUGUCUGGAGUUCGGACCCAGUCUUUUAAAGGCCACCAUUAAACCUAGAAAAGGCUACGUGCCUAAGGUUUUAUCAAUGCCCUUCAGGGCUUAGGUGGUUCGUUUUCAAGACUUUUCCCCCCACGGUUUAAUUCAGAUGAAGAAUCCAUGCACUUGUUAUGCCCAGUGUGGGCAUUACACACGUAUGUUGAGUGCACCCGUCAGUUUAGGCUGUCGGAUCAGCUCUUUAUUUGUUAUGGAGGUUGCACAAAAGCCACGUCUGUCUCCAAACAAAGUCUCUCCCACUGGAUUGUUGAUGCAAUCGCCCUCGCAUACGAAUCGCAGGCUGUGAAUUGCCCUAUUGGCAUAAAAGCGCAUUCAACUAUUCAUUCACGAGUCUUCUCGGUAUAGAGCGCUUAUUCACCUAUGUUCAGAAGUGAGCCCAAACCUUUUUUGGGAAGGCUACCUGAUAAAUAUUCAUAUGGUCACCGGUAUGUAGGCUGUAAUUGAAUUUACCCCCUUAAGUCUCAAGCACUUCUAUAUAAGCCUACUUUCCCAACCACUGUUGCGAAAGGGUUAAGAUUACACUGGUUCUAUUUAUAUGGCUCAUAUAAAUCCCCAGAUUAGUUAAUUCCCAUCUGGUAUUCGCCAUUUGAAGUUAUUCUUUAUAUGUGUUUAAGUCAUCAUCCAAUGGACCUGUAACUUCUUAUAUGCUUUUCAAGUGUUAUAUCUCUUGGGGUAUGACGUGACGUAGUGCGGCGUGAUGGGACUCUGUUCCCCUAGAGAGUCGCAAUGUCAAAGUGAACUGAAUCGAUAGGGAACAUCUAUUACAACUGUAACCUCGGUUUCCUGAGAUGAAAGGAAUGAGACAUUGCGAAAGCAAACCACACUACUACUACUACAGAGUUUUGAGGUUCGAGCAAUGCGCACUUGUCCCUCAGUAAGAAAAUUCGGAAGAAAUUGUGUUUGAGCACCUGCUUAUAGGCCAACUGUGCGCCUAAAUGGGUGGGACCAAACACCAUUGCCAAUCACAGGAUUGCCGUUAGUGUACAAGGGUUUCAACUAGGUCGUCGAGGAAGGAAUUCCCUGGAGCAGGGGUCAGCAACCUAUGGCAUGUGGAGGGGUAAUCACUGGCACGCCAGCAACGACGUGAGGCAUAGACUAUUUUAUUCAUAUGAAAUUCCGCACCUGUAUACCAAACUACAUCUUGAUGUAAUCCUUUCUCAUGAUCACGCAGCAUG